AUGUCACCAAUUAGAGAGCAUCAAACUUCACCUUCUUCACAGCAUCAGCCAAUUGCUCAUUCUUCAGGCGAAGAUCAUUCGUCAACAAAGAGUGAUAAGUCAAAUUCAUUGCUAACGACCGUAAUAGACGUGGAAACUUUACAGGAAUAUAUUAAUUCGAAAAGAAAGGCCCACAUAAAAGCCGGUUCUCUUGAUCAAUAUUUACAGCAUAUUCAAGCACCGGAAAUGUAUCGUCUCCCUCAGCAACCUACUUUAAUAAAUUCUGCAAUUUCACAACGAUCAAAUCCCUUUUCGAAUUCUUUGGAAUCUAUUUUUAAUUCAUCACCUAAUGCUGAAGAUGAUACUAUGAACGAUAACCUUCUCGAUGAAGAUUUGUCUACGUUUAGAUUCUCAAACAUUAAAAUCUGUUACAGUUCGUUCAAAGGCUAG